UGGUAAGCAAAUUCGACGGUUGGGAUCCGCCCUUGUUUUUUACUGCUUCUUCCGUUUUCGUUUUUGUAAUUCUGGAGCAGUUUCGAAGUUCAAACCAGACGUAGACCACAACCCAAACAAAUUGCAAAAGCAAGAAGUCUCGAAUUAUGCAAGCCGCGAGGCUCAGCCUGCGAAUGCAGAAGGAGCUCAGGCUUCUCCUCUCCGAUCCCCCUCCCGGCGCUUCCUUCCCCCUCCUCUCCCCCGACGCCGAUCUCUCCCCUUCCUCCCUCUCCACAAUCCACGCCCAGAUUGAAGGGCCGGAAGGAACUGUUUAUGCCAACGGCAUUUUUAACAUAAAUAUUCAAAUACCCGAAAGGUAUCCGUUUCAGCCACCGAGUGUGACUUUCGCUACGCCUAUUUACCACCCAAAUAUCGACACAGGUGGGCGGAUUUGCCUCGACAUUCUUAAUCUUCCCCCAAAGGGUGCAUGGCAACCAUCUUUGAACAUUUCAACUGUGCUAAUAAGCAUUGGGUUGUUACUAAGUGAACCCAACCCUGAUGAUGGCCUUAUGUGUGAAGCAAGCAGGGAAUACAAAUACAACCGACAAGCUUUUGACCAAAAGGCACGAUCUAUGACUGAGAAAUAUGCUAAGGCUGGAGUCAAUGGGGACACUAGUGGGGUCCAAGUCAUUCAAACUAGCUCCAAUUCAACCUUGAUGGAUGUCAAAGGAUCAGAUAAGGGUUCAAAAUAUGAAGUUAAUAAGGGCAUUGCAAGUGGUAAGAAACCGUGUGGGAUUGGCCAGAACUUAUCGCUGGAGUAUUCAUGCUCAAAUCAGAGAAAGGAUGUUGACAGCAGAGUGAAUGAGACAUCAAGUGAGUUUGAAAACCAGAUGGAGGCCAAAGGGCCAAAAGACAACUCAAACCCAAAGGGCAAGGUCCAUGGGUGCAAUCCAAGUCUCGAGAAGCUGUUUGGAACCAGGCAGAAGUUGUCGCUGGGAUCUUCAGGUCAAUCCAAGAUGAGAGAUGGAGAACAACAGAAGAAUGCAGCAGGAAAUCACAAUCUGUUACUUUCAGAGUUGCCCUCAGUGAUGCAAGCCAGUGAUGGACUUGAGCGAAGACCUCAUCAAGAUAAAGGUACUAUUAUAGUAAAUGACAGCAUAAACACGAGUUUAAAGGAACCCUUUCAAAUUGGUCAGGAGCUCACUGUAGACUCUUCUGGCACAUUUGAUGCAAGUGUUGGUAAUAAUGGGGAAUUGCCUGUGGCUUUUCAUUCAUCUGUUUUGUCCUCCUUUUCCCAUUAUGAGGAUUCGCAUGGGGCAUUGGCAGGGGCUCAGGCCCUUGACGGUAAUGAACUGCAGCCUCAGAAGGAUGCUACUGGUGGAGCAGGAAAUGACUUCACUGAGUCGAACUGUAAGAAGUUGUGCUCAUUCAGUAAGAAGCUUUCGCUGGGAUCACUAAGCUCAUCACAGAGAAGGAAAAAUGAUAAGAACGAGAACUUGACACCUUCUCAAUAUGUACCACCUUCACACCCUGAAACUCGAUCCUCUCAAAACCUCUCUACAGCUCAAUUGAAGUUUCUCCUUCCACAGGAUAGCAAGUGUCAUGAGCAGCAGCAGCAGUCCUGUCUUGACCAAGGUGGGAAAAUUGCUCACGAGAAGGAGCAGGUGAUGGAAGAAUCACCAAUAUCCGAUGUGAUCAUUGUUUUGGAUAGUGAAGAAAGUGAAGAGGAAACCAAUGCGCCUUCAAGAUCUAAGCUGUUGGUAGCACGAAAACGCUUGGCAGGGAAAAGGAAAGCUAGAGUAUAAAAUAGAAUUCAACGGUGCUGCAAAGGGUGAAACUUCUUCAUUUUCUACCUUUUGUGAUGUAAAAUUUGAACUUUGUUUAGGGGAUUAAUCACCUUCCUAUUCUGUGCUUGUUUAUGACCUUAAAAUGGUAGAACCAGUAGCAUUUGAGAUUGUUACUUCCCAUAUAUUGUAUGGAGUCAAAUCUUAUGAUUAAUGACUUGAAUCAUAACGAAAGGUAAUCUACCACUCAUCC